ACAGUCACACUCGCGGUAUCCGCGAUGAAGACUUGGGAGGCCUUCGGCGCCGGUUUGGCCGUGGUGGCAUCGAUAGUGUCCAAUCUUGGCGUGAAUAUCCAGAAGUAUUCACACUUGAAUGAGGCAGCACGACCCGUGCGCGAGCGUCGGCCGUACAUCCGCCGUCCGGUGUGGUGGGUGGGUUUCGCGCUUGUAGUGCUCGGCAGUGUGGGUGACUUUGCGGCCUUUGGAUUCGCCACACAGUCGCUUGUGGCGGCGCUGGGCGGCGGGGCAACGCUUGUUGCCAACGUUGUCACUGCCCAGUGUCUAAACGGGGAGAGACUUUACAAGACGGAUGUGGGGGGCGUAUUGUUCGUCAUAAUGGGAGUCGUAAUGAUCGCGUGUAUUGCCGAGCCGAAUGUCGAGUACCCGCUGCCGGAGCUUGAGCUGAGAUUCGUUCGAACUCCCUUCGUGGUGUACAUCACAUGCGUUGGAGUUUGCACCGUGAGCAUGCUGGCCACCAUCAAGGGCUCAGUUGCCAACCGACUCAAGAACCAGGUGUACUGGUCCAACAAGCGACAGAAGAAGCUCAUGAAGGAAUUUGAGCUUCGAGUCGAGAGACUGGAACAGAGGCUGUUGGAUAUGGAAGUGAAGCUGCUACAAGUCACCACUUCACCUGCGUCACUGCCCACAGGGCUGGGGAAUCCUCCUGCUAUGAGCAGAGAGCUACGGGAAUUAAUUGAAUCGACGAAUGCUGAAGACGCCGAGGCUGACGAUGAGGCUGCCGCUCGGGAAUCUCGUGUGCCGUACUAUUACGCCAUCUGUUCGGGUAUCGUGGGCGCCAUGACUGUGCUACUGGCCAAGUGUUCCGCCAUCAUGAUCGCUCUUACACUCAAGGGCGAGAAUCAGUUCAAGUACGGUCUGACCUACAUUUUUCUAGGCGGAAUGUUUGUCUGCAUCCUCGUGCAAACGCACUUCCUCAAUAUGGCGACGGCAUUGGGGGAUAUCAUGACUGUAUUCCCCAUUUUUCAAGCCUGUUGGAUCACUUUCAGUGUUGUUGGAGGCGCCAUCUUCUACCAGAACGACGACGAGCCUUUUCCGACAACGGACAAAGUUUUUUACCCGCUGGCGUUGCUUUCUAUCGCUGUUGGCGUUGGGCUACUGGUGCAACACAACUCUUCGUCUGAUGACGAGAUUUUGCUGGAUGCGGAUGCGUCCAUGAGCUCGCCACUGCUUCCAGCGAGGUCACGGGAGGAUGAGGGUUAUCUGCACCUCAGCCCCUAA